AUGAGCUACACAAACGAACUGAGGAUCGCCCUCCUCGCCGUCCAGCGCGCCUCCCUCCUCACAAAGUCCGUCUUCCACUCCAAAGCCAAGGGCACGGUCGACAAGAACGACAAGUCCCCCGUCACCAUUGGCGACUUUGGCGCCCAGGCCCUCAUCAUCGCCGCCCUGCAGAAGCACUUUCCCGACGACGAGAUUGUCGCAGAGGAGGAGGCCGCUGCCCUCCGCGAACAGCCCGAGCUCGGCGACACAAUCUGGGACAUUGUCAGGCAGACGGCCCUCAGCGAUGACCACGCCGAAAAGGAGCUGGGCGGUGCCAUUGCGAGCAAGGAGAGCAUGCUGGCCCUGCUGGACAAGGGCAACAGCGCAGGGGGCAGCAAGGGUCGCAUCUGGACCAUCGACCCCAUUGACGGCACGAAGGGCUUCCUCCGCGGCGGCCAGUACGCCGUGUGCCUCGGCCUCAUGGUCGACGGCGACGUCAAGGUCGGCGUCCUUGGCUGCCCCAACCUGCCCGUCGACGACCAGGCCCCUCUGACGGCCGACAUUGGCUCCAACCAGACCUCCGACGGCCAUGGCGUGCUCUUCUCCGCCGUGCAGGGACAGGGCGCCACCUCGCGCCCCCUCACAGACGGGCCCCUGGCGCAGGAAAAGAGCAUCUCUAUGCGGGCCGUGCCCUCGCUCGCCGAGGCCACCUUUUGCGAGUCCGUCGAGGCCGGCCACUCGGCCCACGGCGACCAGGCCCAGAUCGCCCAGAAGCUCGGCAUCACAAAGCCCAGCGUCCGCAUGGACUCGCAGGCCAAGUACGGCUCCAUCGCCCGUGGCGCCGGUGACAUCUACCUGCGCCUGCCCGUCAAGGCGACUUACCAGGAGAAGAUCUGGGACCACGCGGCGGGUGACCUAAUCGUGCGCGAGGCCGGUGGUGAGGUGACGGACAUUCACGGCAAGAGGCUGGACUUUAGCGUGGGCAGGACACUGGCCAACAACAAGGGCGUCGUGGCCGCGCCCAAGGCGAGCCACGGCGAGGUCCUAAGCGCGGUCCAGGAGGUCUUGAAAGCCAAGCUGUAG